UUUUAUUCUACCCCUCAAAAAAAAUUUCAACUUUGUCGAUACUUCAUGAAAAUAUCAGUAGGUUUCUGUUCAUAUUAUCUCUACUCAUCUCAUAAAAAUUAUUCUCAUUACGUGCAAAACUUUGUGUAUCACCUCCAUUUCAUAGUCAACAUUCGAUGAUGUACAUACUGACAAAAACCUUUGUGCAUGUACUGUGAACAACAGAUACGUAUGGCCAUUGAAUAUCACUUUUAUUGAUUUUUUUGUUUUUCAAAACUGUUAACAGGCUACAAAUAAGAUGUAAAGAUCAAUUCAACACAUUGUUUCAGCUGAAUAAUACGGAACUCACAUCAUUUCCUAUCUAAGGAGUACCUAAGAUUACAAGCUGUUCACCGACAAAAAUAAGCAAAUAAAACCGGUUACAAUUACAUAAGGAAAUAUAUCUAGAUACUUACAUACAUAAACGUGUAUAUCAUUAUAAUUAAUUGGUUAUGUUUACUUAUUUAACAUCACUAUAUCAAGCACUUGAUCCAUUACAGAGUGCCUAUUUAUUAUCAUGUCUUGUACACAAUGCCUUUGGACUUUUUGAAUGUUGUGUCAUAUCGAAGACGAAAUAUGCAACAAGGAAUACAACUCUAUACUAUUUAACAUGCGCUGUAAUAGCUAUAACACGAGCUAUUUAUGAAUAUUACUCACCUACAUUACCAACUUGUUUCAUUUUCCUUUUCGUAUUUCUAUUUCUUUCCAAUUGCUUUUAUUUAUUCGUUUGUAUUAUAUAUGCGCAAGAUAAACACAACACUUGGGUAUGUAUUACCUUAUUAACCUUCAUAUGUAGUGUGUAUUAUUGUAUGGACAAAGAUAUACUACUUAUAAGUAACAAAAUUGAAGCCCUUCAUACACUAUGGUUUUUGUCAAGUAUAGUCAAUAAUUUUAUACUAUUUGAUUCGCUAUUAUCUUUAAUGAUUACAAGACACCAUGACUGUCCCCCACAGUGGAUCUCUCUGACAGCUGGUAUGUUACAAUCAGCAUUUAGUGGUUUAUUAAAUUAUAAAAUGAAUGAUACAUUACUGGCACCAGCAGAUUCAUUAGGCAUUGCUGUGCAUUUAUUUGGCAUUAUUGUUGAAAUACAAUGUCAGCUUAUGCAUCAUUAACGAACAAGAAUCAGGAGCUUCUCAAGUUAAAUACUGAAUAUGACAAAAACAUGUUUAAAUACGAAAGCAUUUUACAAGAAUAUCAUUAGGAUUUACUGUACAAGAGUUUUGUUUGCUUAUGAUAACAUUUCUUGAUGACAUAUGGAACUAGUGUCUAAGUGCAUUUUUUCAUUUUGUUUGACUGAAUCAGUUUCGUAUGUUCAAGUAGUUUGCAUGAUUUAAGCACCACCUACUAAUAAAGAGAUAUUUUUUUUUGGAAGAAAUGAAACGAAAGCAUAUUGUACAGUUGAAAUUGUUAUCAUCAUAAAAAUAAAACAGCUGAAUGAUAUG